AUGCCAGCCAUAACAGGAAACGGGAACCAGACCAAAGACGACGUUCCGACGGCAUUUACAACGUCUAAUGAUGUGGACGGAAAUCAAGGACGGGGAGGUGGUGUUUUAGCUGCAGUCAAGAGUAAAUUUUUACCUAUCCCAAUGAACAUUGUAUACAACAUUCCAGAAAUUGAAUUAUUGGGAAUAAAAAUAUCAGUCAACAAUCGCACAGUUUCUAUUGUGACGGUCUAUGUGCCACCCAAUCUCCCUGAUGUUAUAUAUACUCAACUAUUUGAAUGUUUAGAACAAAAUAUUGACUUCUCCAAUCCUGUAAUACUAGCUGGUGAUUUAAACAUUCCUGAUCUCGUUGAAGUUAUGACUUCUAGUAAAUCAACUCAACUUCUUAAUAUUUAUAGACAUUUUAGUACUCUAAAUAAUCUUACACAACACAACAAUAUUCUAAAUCAUAAUGGGAAAAUCUUAGAUGUUCUUCUUACAACUGAUCACUUUAACAUUGAUAUUUGUAAACAUUCCGUCCCACUGGUCCCGGAAGAUCCUCACCAUCCUUGUUUGGAAAUGAUUAUCUCUUGUGUUAAUGAACAAUGUAAUACUCGCUUCCCCAGAAAUUCUGAGUCUUUGAAGUUUAAUUUUCGAAGAGCUAACUUUAUGGAACUCUACUUAACCUUGUCACUUAUUGACUGGUCAAGAAUCUUAGAAAUUACUGAUGUUGAUUCCGCAUGUAAAGAGACUUAUAUCAUCAUUUAUGAUCUACUGCAUAAGUAUGUGCCUCUGCAGAGAACAACAACUAAAAGAAAGAAUUAUCCAAUGUGGUUUACAAAAUCAGUUAUUGAUGUGGUCAAUUUAAAAAAUAAGCACUGGAAAUGUUAUAAAAAAACAAAAUUUCUAUAUCAUUUGGACAAAUUCAAAGAACUUAGACGGUUGGCCAAAACAGAAAUUCGAAAAGAAUAUCUUAACUUUGUUAGCCACUCUGAAACUAUCAUGAAGGAUGAUCCCAAAAAGUUCUGGUCGUUUGUCAACAUGAAAAAGAAGAGAAGUAGUGUGCCGGGACACAUGAUUCAUGAAGGUAAAACACUUACAUCUCCUGAAGAUAUUGUGAAUGCAUUUGCCCAACAGUUUGAGACUGUUUUUGUAUGUGAUAGUGCUAACCAUGUCUGUGACAUCACUUGUGAUAUUGGUUUUGGUGUCUGUGACUACUGUGAUAAAUUGUGUUGUCCAUCUUUAGUUAAUGAAUACAGCUGUUUGCAUUCAACUGUGUUAAACAACUUUUGCAUUCAUCCGGAUCAAAUUUUGAAGGCGGCGAAGAAAUUAAAGAACAACUGCGUUGCUGGCCCAGAUGAUGUACCUGCGUUUAUAAUUAAGGAUUCUAUCUCUUGUUUGUUGGUACCCCUGUGUCAUAUUUUUAAUUUAAUAUUAGAAACUGGUUCAUACCCUACCAUAUGGAAGUCAUCGCGUUUAUGUCCUGUACAUAAGUCUGGCGAUAGGAAUAAGAUUGAUAAUUAUAGACCAAUUGCUCUUUUAUGCAACUUUGCAAAGCUGUUUGAGUCUGUCCUGUCUGACAUUAUGUAUUCUCAUGUAAGAAAUGGUAUUAUUGUUGAACAACAUGGAUUCCUUAAAGGUAAAUUUACAACUACAAAUUUGUAUGAAUUUACACAUUUUGUGUCGCAAGCCUUGGAUAAGAGGUCCCAAGUCGACGUUGUGUACACUGAUCUCUCCAAAGCUUUCGACAAGGUUAAUCAUUGUAUUUUGCUUCGCAAGUUGGAUGCUUUUGGUAUUUCUGGAAACUUAAUAAAAGUGAUUAAGUCGAUGUUACUAGAUAGACAGCAGUAUGUGGAAUACAGUGGUUACAAAUCAAAAUUGUUUAGUGUACACAGUGGUGUUGCCCAAGGAUCCAAUCUUGGUCCACUCCUUUUUAUCAUGUUCUUGAAUGAUAAAGAAACUUUUAUCGCUAUGUAUGUGUACUGGGUCUUAAGAACUCAUGCCGAAGUUAAGAAACAAUAA